AUGGAGAACGUCCCCUCAACCGCUGCCCAGGCAGUGCUGGUCAAGUCGGAAGAGAUGCCCGAGGAUGCACAGAAGGUUGAGGAGCUUGACUUCAACAAGUUCCGGGGACGGCCCAUCACAGCGGAUGACUUGCUGCAGGGCAUGCGGCACAUGGGCUUCCAAGCGACAGCUAUGUGCGAGGCCAUCCGCAUCAUCAACGAUAUGCGCGCCUGGCGCGACCCAGAGACGGGCGAACGCACUACCAUCUUCCUGGGAUAUACCUCCAACUUGAUCUCGUCCGGCUUGCGUGGUGUGUUUCGCUACCUCGUGCAGCAUCGCCAUGUAUCGGCCAUCGUCACCACUGCCGGCGGCAUCGAAGAAGACUUCAUCAAGUGCCUGGGUGACACCUAUAUGUCGUCAUUCCAUGCCCCAGGUGCCGAGCUGCGCAAGAAGGGUCUCAACCGCAUCGGCAACUUGGUGGUGCCCAACAGCAACUACUGUGCUUUUGAGGACUGGGUGGUGCCUAUCCUGGACAAAAUGCUUGAGGAGCAAGAGGCCAGCAAGGGCACUGAAGAAGAGAUCCACUGGACACCAUCAAAGGUCAUUCAUCGUCUGGGCAAGGAGAUCAAUGACGAGCGGUCGGUGUACUACUGGGCCUGGAAGAACGAUAUCCCCGUGUUCUGCCCAGCCCUGACGGAUGGUAGCCUGGGCGACAUGCUGUACUUCCACACCUUCAAGGCGUCUCCGCAGCAGUUGAGGAUUGACAUUGUCGAGGAUAUCCGUAAGAUCAACACCAUCUCUGUGCGGGCAAAGCGCGCAGGCAUGAUCAUCUUGGGUGGUGGUAUUGUCAAGCACCACAUUGCGAACGCCUGUCUGAUGAGGAACGGAGCCGAGUCGGCAGUGUACAUCAACACAGCGCAGGAGUUCGACGGCAGUGAUGCCGGCGCGCGGCCAGAUGAGGCCGUGUCGUGGGGCAAGAUUAAGAUUGGGGCAGAUGCUGUCAAGGUCUACCUGGAGGCGACAAGCUGCUUCCCCUUCAUCGUAGCCAACACAUUCGCCAAAGACGAUCAAUAUGCCAAAGAUGACCAAUAG